UUCUGAUAGUGGUGAGAGGAGCUGGGCGAAGAAGAGACAGAGAAGGUUGAGUGUAGGCCACAGACGUUACAGACAGCAGGGUUCAGGGCUGUGAUUCUUCUUGACCUGGUGGCAGACUUUAACAGUCUUGUAGGCUACCUCUUUACGAGGUAAACUGCAAUCUGGAUUACAAAGCAGGGGGAGAAGAGAGGCCAGCGGAAACCACAGGAAUGAAAGAGGAAUAAAAGAGAUAACAUUAGCUAAAGAAAAAGGGAGCGACAUCGCAAACGAGCCACAGAGGAGGAGACAGACCCCGGCCAGACGAGCACGGAUACAGGGAGGCAAAGAGGAGGAGGGAGAAUUAAAGGGAAGAAAGGCUGAUAAAUAACAUAAGAGAGGAGCGCUAUUACCACUAGGCAGGCAUGGCAGACCAAGAUCUGGACUUCACCUCAGGUGAUGCCGGGGCAUCCGCCACCUUCCCCAUGCAGUGUUCGGCCCUGCGUAAAAAUGGCUUUGUUGUGCUGAAAGGCCGACCCUGCAAGAUCGUCGAGAUGUCCACCUCCAAGACUGGCAAGCACGGCCACGCUAAGGUCCACCUGGUUGGUAUCGACAUCUUCUCUGGUAAGAAGUAUGAAGAUAUCUGUCCCUCCACCCACAACAUGGACGUCCCCAACAUCCGGAGAAUGGAUUACCAGCUGAUUGGGAUCCAAGAGGGCUACCUGUCCCUGCUCCAGGACAACGGGGAGGUGAGAGAGGACCUGAGGAUUCCCGAGGGAGACCUGGGCAAAGAGAUAGAGAGCAAGCAUGAAGCCGGAGACGAGAUCUUGAUCACUGUUCUAAAUGCAAUGGAUGAAGAAGCUGCAAUUAGCAUCAAAUCCGUGAAUAAAUAAGCCACAGCAGGGGCAAACGAGAUGCGCUGGACCUAGGAAAAAGGAGGAAAUAUUGCCUCGUCAAUGCUACCCCCCACACACACCCCUAUUUUCUCUUUCUUUUUGUCUUUGUUUUUCAUACUCUCUCUAUUUUCUGACCCUAUUUGGGGUUAAUUAGAAAAGAAUUGGAAAUGUCUAACGGUAAACAAACUUUCGCUACAUACAUGCACACAUCAAACCACAUCUGAGUCUGGACAAACAGAUGUAAAUAGAUUAAAAGGUCAGAGGUGUAGAGGAAGUUCUCUCACUAUUGAUUAAGUCUACAGAUCUUCAGUAGCUACCUACCAUCAGGGAAAAGAAAGGUGGUGGUAAUGUCACAACUGGGUUUUUUUUGUUAUAUACGUUCCCCUGUUUUAUAAAGGGCUUCACCUCUGGAUCUGCAUUGUUCUGUUGAGGCUUGUUCAGUGUGUGCUAUUACAGGAUUGAAUCCUAGGUUUCAUCUUUUCUGUAUUCAACUUUUCUUUUGGAGAUCUGAACAAGCCCCUCCUGCUGUUUACUUUAUCACCUGUCUAUUAAACAAAGGUUACCAACAUGGCACACCAAGGUUCCGUUUCUUUUCAUCUCCAGAAUUUGAAGAGUCAAAAAGUAAA